UACUGGUUAAUAAUUUGGACUGGUUCACCUCAGCAGACACAUUCAACAGCAGUAAGGGUUUUUGUAUCACUCAGUUUCACUGUGGGAGGAUGGAUCUUUGGCUCUGGAACUAAACUGUUUGUAUCAGAUGAGCCGGUAGUGAAGCCCGUGGUGAGCGUGUACCCAGCAGCAUCCAGAGCCCACCUGGAGGGGAAGAGCGCCCUGGUAUGUCUGGCCUCAGCCAUGUUUCCUCCUCUGGUCCAGUUGUCCUGGAAAAGACGAAAGGAGAAUGGUCCUCUGGAGGAGCUGCCCUCUGCUGAGAGAGAACAGCUGGAGAUCAGAGAGUCGGAACGCAGCGCCGCCAUCUUGCUGAUCCAUCAGCAAGAGAACAGCGAAUAUAAAUACUGCUGCUUCGUCCAGCACGAGUGGUUUACAGUGAAGGCCCAAACAGAACAAGAGGUUUCUACUCUUCCACCAUCACCACCAUCUCUUCCACCAGCAGCUUCUGUCCCGUCUCAGUACCUCAGUACAGUGGAGGCCCAAACAGAACAAGAGGUUUCUACUAUUCCACCAUCAGCUUCUGUCCCGUCUCAGUACCAAGUGAAGUUGCUCUGUCUGCUGUACACCCAGCUGAUAGUGAAGAGUCUGGUGUACUGCUGUGGACUCUCUCUGCUGAUGAUCCUCAGAAACAAGGGACCGUCCACCAACUGAACACAUGCUGACUGACUGUUUUCUGCUCACCUUUUCUCACCAUCAAAUCUCAUAAAUUCCUCUAAUUCAUCACUUUGAUCAGUAUUGACAAAUAUAAAUGAUGAUGUGUUGUAGUUGUCAUCCUAAACAUACUCAUAUAUAAAUAU